ACCUGUUUGGGCCUCUCAGAAGGGCCUGCCUGACCAAUAACUGGCCAAAAAUUGUCCAAAUAUCUAUCAGGCAGAUUUUGAAAACCCUGUCAGGGAAGGGCAUAAUGUAUGAUUUUGGCACAGCUCAUGGGACUUUCCCUGCCCUCCAGCCUGCGAAACUCUAUGCAAAUCCACUGAGCACAGAGACACCAGGAAGUAAGUACUAAAAAAUACACACAAAGCCCAGAGAGCAGAAGUUCCUCCAGUGACUGGAGCGAGGAGAGAGAAGUGGCAGAGCUGAGGCGGCUGUAGGACUGGUUUUACUUGGUGCUGGGAACCUAAAGACUCGUUUGGGCUGGGACCAUUCCUUAUUGAGACACACACUGUGCUUUAUCUUGGGGACGGAAGGAACGACUUAUAACUAACAGACCGACCACAAAACUAUGGGAUGUAUAAAAUCAAAAACAGACAAUCCUCGAGAUGCGAUGGGGAAGAAUAAUCCAGUACGUAAAAAUGAUCGAACUAUUUAUGUGCCAGAUCCAACGUCUAAACUGCAAAGGCCAGCUUCUCGUACACCAAGCCUUUUACCAGGACAAAAAAUGAUACAAGAUAUUGAAGAACAGGGGAACAUUGUGAUAGCCUUGUAUCCAUAUCAGGGAAUCCACGAAGAUGACUUAAGUUUCAAGAAAGGAGAAAAACUGAAGGUUCUUGAAGAGCAUGGAGAAUGGUGGAAAGCUAAGUCUCUAUCAACCAAGAAGGAGGGUUUUAUACCAAGCAAUUAUGUGGCCCGAGUGAACACACUAGAAACAGAAGAAUGGUUUUUUAAGGACCUUACCAGAAAAGAUGCAGAAAGGCAACUUUUGGCACCUGGCAACAAUCCUGGAGCUUUCCUGAUCAGAGAAAGUGAAACAUCAAAAGGCAGCUACUCAUUGUCAAUUAGAGAUUGUGAUCCUCAGACUGGAGACGUUAUCAAGCACUACAAGAUCAGGACUUUAGAUAAUGGUGGCUAUUACAUUUCUCCUAGAAUUACAUUUACUUCCAUCAAUGAGAUGAUCCAGCAUUAUCAAAAGCAAGCAGAUGGCCUGUGCAGGAAACUUGACAAACCGUGUUUUAGCCCUAAACCACAGAAACCCUGGGACAAGGAUGCUUGGGAAAUUCCAAGGGAAUCAAUAAAGAUGGUGAGAAAGCUUGGAGCCGGUCAGUUUGGUGAAGUGUGGAUGGGAUUUUACAACAACAGCACAAAGGUAGCUGUGAAAACUUUAAAGCCGGGGUCCAUGUCUGUGCAAGCAUUUAUGGAAGAAGCCAACCUCAUGAAGACCCUCCAGCAUGACAAACUUGUAAGGCUAUAUGCUGUGGUCUCCAAAGAGGAACCCAUUUAUAUUAUCACCGAAUAUAUGGCAAAAGGAAGUCUUCUAGAUUUUCUGAAGAGUGACGAAGGGGGCAAAGUGAUCCUUCCAAAAUCAAUAGACUUUUCCGCUCAGAUUGCUGAAGGCAUGGCUUACAUAGAAAAAAAGAACUACAUCCACCGAGAUCUUAGAGCCGCUAAUGUGCUUGUUUCAGAGUCCUUAAUGUGCAAAAUAGCUGACUUUGGUCUUGCACGAGUAAUUGAAGAUAAUGAGUACACCGCAAGGGAAGGUGCUAAAUUCCCUAUUAAGUGGACUGCGCCAGAGGCAAUUAACUUCGGCUCGUUCACAAUAAAAUCCGACGUGUGGUCCUUUGGCGUUCUGCUGUAUGAAAUAAUAACCUUUGGAAAGAUUCCUUAUCCAGGAAUGAGCAAUUCAGAUGUGAUGUCCGCCCUGCAGCGUGGUUAUCGUAUGCCCCGCAUGGAAAACUGUCCCGAAGAACUGUACGACAUCAUGAAACAGUGCUGGAAGGAGAAAGCCGAGGAACGGCCAACGUUUGAUUAUUUACAAAGUGUUCUGGAUGAUUUCUACACAGCGACAGAAACUCAAUAUCAGCAACAGCCUUAGAGCAGGACACACGUUUCCUUGUUAUUCUAUAGGAAAACAGACUGAACUGGUUAUUCCAUUCAUGUUUUGUCUCUCACAACCUGGAAACUUUGAACAUGCUGAAAAGACAGAAUAAUACAUUCUCACCCCCUUCGCAUCGCGGCCUGUUUACUGGCGUUGCUUGUGCAGAGCUGGUGUCAUAAUCUUGAGCAUAUGGAAAUAAAUAGGCAACACA